ACAAGGAUAAACGUAGAAGAAGCAGGAAGUUUGUGUUCGCCGGUCCCAUGUGUUUCGUCCAUUUUAUCAUUCAUUUGCAGGAGGGUAAUUUUAAGAACCAUAUUUUAUAAAACUGGGCCAUUACUGUCGUUUUAGUCCAGCGUGGUUUGUAUAACGCCGUUAAGUAUAUCCAGAGACAGAAGGGGCGAGGUAUUUUCUUUAGUGCUAGCUAGCUAAUGUAGAAGCUGCUCUGCUGGAAAGGCACCUCGGUUGCAGAGAGUGAAGAUUCCAGGGCUGCUGUUUGAAUGAAAAGUACAGUGGACACCAGCAUGAUUAAGGAAAACCCGUGGAAGAUGCCUCCUAAUGCUCCUGCCUGCAUGGAGAAGCACCUGUGCGCGGCUCAGUACCGAGCUGAUGGCACCCUGUUGCUGGGAGCCUCCAGCCUUUCUGGCAGAAACUGGCAAGGAUCCGUUUGGAUCUACAGCGAACCAGAGCAAGCCCCCAGCGAGGGCUUCUGCAAAGCCGGUGUGCAGACUGAGGCUGGGCUCACAGAUGUCAAGUGGGUGGCUGAAAAGGGAGUGGCUGUUGCUUCAGAUUCAGGUGCCCUGGAGCUUUGGGAACUGGCGGAGGAUGAGCGCCUGUUGGUGAAUCGCUUCACCAAAUAUGAGCAUGACCACAUUGUCACCACAGUGAGCCCCGUCACAGGAGCGAGCGGUGCUGUCACUGGCAGCAUGGACUGCCGAAUAAAAGUCUGGGACCUCAGUCAGGAAACAGUUGUCACCACCUACAGUGUUCACACACAGCCUGUUAAUUGUGUUGCCUGCAGCCCUACAGAUGAGUCUCUCUUCGUCUCCUGUGGCCAGGAUGGCCGUGUGUUGAUGUGGGACAGGAGGAAGCCAGAUAAACCAGCCUCAAGAAUAGAUGUUGAGUUUCCCAGCUGUUCUCCCACCACUGCUGCUUGGCACCCCCAGCAAAGAAGCACUGUUGCUUUUGGCGACGAGUUGGGCAAUGUGACAGUGAAAGAUUUCCUGGGAACUGAACCGGCCCGGGUGGAAAAAAUACACAGCCGCAGAGUUAACAGCCUUGGCUUCUCCACAAAUGGUGCCUCUUUGCUAGCCUCCGUUAGUGACGACUGCUCCCUCGCUGUUAUGACCUCUGAACUGCAAGAAAUAUUCAGAGAUCAGCAACACCAGGACUUUGUCAAAGGUGUGUGCUGGCUUCACGGUGAUUCCAGCUGUCUCACCACUGUCGGCUGGGAUCACCUCGUGCUUCACCACACCAUAACUCCAGCUGCUGAAUCUGCAGGCUCCUCAUCUUAAGCUUGAUAUGGUCACCUGUUUCACCCAUGGGUGAUGUCACUGUGUAUCUGGAUGGUUUGAUAUAUCUUAUUUAGGAGAAGUGAAUUGAAAUGUCCGGCUUACUCAGCUAUGUAGAUAUAUGCUCAUUAUUUGGUGUUAGUCUCUUCUUCUCUGUCUUGUAAUCUAUUAUGUUGUGUAACUCUCCAGAUUUGUAUUUCAUACUUUUACAAUAAAGGAAACAUGAAGCUUUUGAACCGA